CGCGUCAAAGGGCUGAGGGCGCUUUUACGCACAGAGCCGCUCGGCUCAGUGUGGAUCUCUGAAGAGAUGGUGCACACACGCACGUCUUCUGUGAUUCGCCUCCGCUUCUUAGCCCGUCCGAAAGGAUGACUUCGGACAAGUGUGACUUUCUUGAGGGCUCGAAAAACAGAAUAGGAGCUAUGCUGACGUCCAAUGUGACCAGGUCGGCCGGUGAAGAAAACGUUACCAGGACGGAGAUCGGUUGCGGUUACGUAUCGGUUGUCUUUCCCAUCACCAUGAUGGCCACGGGCAUGGUGGGCAACUCUCUGGCUCUCAUCCUGGUCUACAUCUCCUACAGGAAGAAGGAGAACCGAAGGAAGAAGUCCUUCUUGCUUUGCAUUGGGUCUCUAGCGCUGACAGACCUGUUCGGCCAGCUCCUGACGAGUCCGAUAGUGAUCUCGGUUUAUCGCGCCGACCUGAGAUGGGAGCGCAUCGACUCGUCUGGCAACCUGUGCGCGUUCUUCGGUGUAUGCAUGACCACUUUCGGCCUGUGCGCGCUCUUCAUGGCCAGCGCCAUGGCCAUGGAAAGGGCCACGGCCAUCACCAACCCGCACUGGUACUCCAACCACAUGAAGACCAGCGUGACCAAGCAGACUCUGGUGGUCAUCUGGUGCCUGGUGUUGCUCUUCGCCCUCCUGCCCGUGGCAGGGGUGGGCAAGUAUACGCGCCAGUGGCCCGGCACUUGGUGCUUUAUCAGCACCGGGGACAGAGAAGGGCCGGGGAACAGCUUUUUCGCCUUCACUUUUGCCUUACUGGGGAUUUUCUCGCUGCUUGUCACGGUGUCCUGCAACGUGGUGACCAUCCGCGGCCUGAUUGUUCGCUGUAAAACCAAGUCUGGCACGUCUCAGGCCUCCAAACACUGGGAAAGACUCACCACGGAGACCGUCAUUCAACUCAUGGGGAUUAUGUGCGUCUUGCUUGUGUGCUGGUCUCCUCUAUUGGUGCUGAUGCUGAGAAUGAUCUCCACCCAGGUGUCCUCUCACGAAUGUAAUUCCUCACCCGAGAGUUCCCAUCCCAACUCAGUGCGAGAUGUUCAGUUGGACUGUAACUUCUUCCUGACUGCCAUCCGCCUGGCCUCGCUCAACCAGAUCCUGGACCCGUGGGUUUACCUACUCCUCAGAGAGAUCCUCCUUCGCAAGUUCUGCCUGGUAGCCAACGCCGUCUCCAACUGCUCCAUUGAGGAUCAGAAGGGGACUCAAACGGCUCGGGAUGCGCUGAAUAAGCAGAACCAAGAAAGCCUCCAGAAAUCCCAAAGUAACACAUGAGACUUGAAUCAGAACAGUUUUCUGAAUUUCUGAGACAUUGAAGUGGAGAUCCUGCAUGUUGACGCAUAUGUUUCAUUUUUUUAAAAAGUCCCCUGAUCAUCAUGUGAAUACAUUUCGUGUCAUAACCUAUCGAGACGUCUCCUUAUCCUACUUUUCAAUCAUAUCAAUCCCAAGAAGUGUGACUCUAAAUUAAAGUGAUGCAUCUUUCUUUUGUCAUCACAUUUUUACAUGAAGAUGUAAACCGUUUAUUGCACAGGAAUGUUCCUAUUUUUAAUGAAAAACAGUUAGAACGAAAAAACGGAAUGGAAGAUUAUUUAUUAAUGAUGAAUGUAGUUAUAUACGUUUUUGGCCAAGUGCUUACAAUGCUACCUAUUGAAUAUCACUGAAUGUAAAUAGUAAAGCAAGCUGUAACUACUGCAAGACAUACAAGUCUACAGCUUCAGUGUCGCAAAUGCGUCCAUGAAUACAGUAUGUGAAGUUGAAUUCAAGUGUUGCGUUUAUUCAAGAUGUACAAUACUUUUUUUUUUGAAGGAUUGUGAAGUUUCUUCUUUGUGCCAAACGCCGAACAGUUGCUCAGCAUGAGGAAAAGGCAACUGUAGCUUUUGGAUAUUUAGGGGACGAGUUGCAUGCGGGUUUGAGGAUUCUCGCGGAGGAAAAUUGCAAACAAGAUGCCACAACUGUGCCUUCUCAGCACAUUAGCCGUCUGAUGAGCUUUUGCUGGCCCGUCACGUGCAUACAGUCCAAAACAGGAGCUGUGUGCUGAACAGCCUGUGCCAGUGUACAUUUCCCAUUCGGCCAUGCUCAUCCACCCAAUCAAGAACGUGUCAUAGGUUUACCGAAAUCACCCGAUUAAGAACCAACGAAAGAAUGAGUUAAUGCAUGUGUCAUGAGCUUCGCACGUGACCUCUUGAUUUCUGAACGUGAACAUUUAGCUGAACAAGAAAUCACCACUUGGUGUGUAAUUGAGAGGCCACUCAUUUAAAGUGCUGCUUUAAAUAGAGAGAAUCGAUGCCAAGCACUUGUUCAGAUGUCGAUAAACAUCUCCACAACAUGUUUGUUACUUUGAACUUCAAUGUGUUGGCUUGACCCGAACAGGUUCCACGUGAAUCAGUGGAAAUGAUAGUUUUGGGACAUUUUUAAAAUCAGAAAACAGGGAAAAAAUGGCUCCAGUGUUGUUUCAUUGUUCUUUUCAUAAUAUAUAGAAAAAUGAGGUUUUAAUUUUAUCCCCCCCCCCCCAAAAUGGAUAUUUUAGUUGGUUCUGUCUGUCUGAAAAAUGAUAAAGGAGUAUUUCCAUUGUCAUAUAAAAAAAAAAAAAAUACAUAAAUUUUUUUCUUUUGAUCCACAAACAUAGUCUUUGUGGUACAGAUCAAAAGAAACCGGAUCGUUAUUUUUCUUUUUAUUCCAAAACAACUGUUUGUUUUUCAGAUAAAAAUGAACUUUACAUUUUUAUGCCUAGAAAAACAACCAAGUAUUAAAGAUAUCGGAGACCGCCCUUUUAAUUGGAGAGCAAUGUAAAGAUGACCGGAAUGAUUGUAUUUUCAGCAGUGGUCCGCUCGAAAAAAAAAAAAGAAAGAA